GUCUCAACAGAACAUCGAUGAGAUUCCAGAUGAUCUGAAGCAGCUGUAUAAAACCGUUUGGGAAAUCUCCCAGAAGACCGUGCUCAAGAUGGCUGCUGACCGCGGCGCCUUCAUCGACCAGAGCCAGUCCCUGAACAUCCACAUCGCAGAGCCCAACUACGGCAAACUAACCAGCAUGCACUUCUACGGCUGGAAACAGGGUCUGAAGACGGGGAUGUACUACCUGCGGACGAAGCCUGCUGCGAACCCCAUCCAGUUCACGCUGAACAAGGAGAAGCUGAAGGAGGCGCAGGAGCCGGUCAAGGCCACAGAGGAGGAGAUCAAAGAGCGUAACGUUGCUGCCAUGGUGUGCUCUCUGCAGAACCGAGACGAGUGCCUCAUGUGCGGAUCGUAAACGUGUCCUCUCUCCGCUGAGGCUUCAGGUCAACAUGUAAAUGUACCUGCUGGCACUCGAUCUGAAGCCCGAUGUUGUCGAACUAAACCUGUAACAAAUCCAGAACUUUAUCAUUGUUCAUUAACGUCACCGUCACGAGCUGCUCAGAGUGUAUAGAAUUAAUUUUAUUAAAGGGCUCUGUCGACUCACUGUUGUCACACGAGAAAGCAAGUACUUACUUCAAAAUGUGUUUUAUGUUGGGAAU